AUGCCUUCACGAUUGAUCAAGUUGUCGCUCUUGGCGGGCGCAAUUAUGUCUAUUACCCCCAAUAACCCAGUGCGCACGCUGAUUGCAUUUGCUGUAAUUGGUUAUGUGGUGACGUACCUGGUGAUACCGAGAGUUGGUCCAAGCUUUGUGAAAAUUGGUCUCAAAGGUAGAGAUUUAUCAAAACGUCUACCUGUUCCAGAAAUACCCGAAACAAUGGGGUUGGUUGCAGCAACUACUUAUUUAUUUCUUAUGUUUGGGUUGAUUCCGUUCGUAUUUUUCAAAUACCUUGUGUCGUUUGGCUCCUUGGCUAAUGAUGAAGUCAUGACAGAAAAUUAUAGAAGUCAAUAUCAAUCUAUAAAAGACAACAGAUUAUUUCCACAUAAUAAGUUAGCAGAGUAUUUGAGUGCUAUAUUAUGUUUACAAAGUACAACCUUGUUAGGAUUGUUGGAUGAUUUAUUUGACAUCCGUUGGAGGCACAAGUUCUUUCUUCCUGCUGUUGCAUCCUUGCCGUUGUUGAUAGUGUACUAUGUGGACUUUAGUGUUACUUCAAUUGUGGUCCCUAGCUUUGUAACGGAUUUUCCUGGUGGUCUGUAUGUACUAAGUAUUAUCAACAGCGUUAUUAAGUUUGCAAACCACUUGGUCACCAGCAUCACCGGAUUGUCAUUUAGAACACUCCAAACCGAUUAUGUUGUACCCGAUCAGAUACCCAAGUUGAUUGAUUUGGGAAUAUUCUACUACGUAUACAUGUCAGCAGUUUCCAUUUUUUCUCCAAACUCUAUCAACAUCUUGGCCGGGGUAAACGGUUUGGAAGUGGGCCAGUCCGUUGUUCUUGCAUUGAUAUUCUUGGUUAAUGACUUCUGCUAUUUGUUCUCCAGCAACAUUUCACAAGCAGCACAUGACUCACACUUGUUUUCAGUUAUUUUCAUUAUCCCAUUUGUAGGAGUGUCAUUGGCACUACUACAGUACAACUGGUUCCCAGCUCGCGUUUUUGUUGGUGACACAUACUGUUACUUCAGUGGUAUGGUGUUUGCCAUUGUGGGAAUAUUAGGACAUUUCUCGAAAACGUUGAUGCUAUUUUUGAUACCUCAAGUUAUAAAUUUUAUUUAUUCAGUCCCACAACUAUUUCACAUUAUUCCAUGUCCAAGACACCGCUUACCCAAGUUCAAUGCCGAUGACGGACUAAUGUAUCCCAGCUUUGGUGAGCUAGAGAAGCCCACCAAAUUGAAUACAGCAAUUUUGAACACUUUAGACGCAUUCAGAUUUAUCAAGUUGGACCGAGACCCCAAGCUGGGAAAGAUAACAAAGUUCUCGAAUAUGACAAUCAUCAAUUUAUGCUUAGUCUGGUUUGGCCCAAUGAGGGAAGAUAAGUUGUGUUUGCUUCUUUUGGCUCUUCAGUUUGCUAUUGGUCUUUCCAUGAUUGUAUUCAGACAUACUGUCGGUCCUUGGCUAUUUGGGUACGACAAUUUGUCAUGGGGAGUAAAAUGA